AUGGCCGGAUUGCGAACUGUAUUACUCGGAUUAAUCAUCUUUUACUCAACGUAUUUAUACAACUACAAAUGCUCGAAAUUGACACCAAUCCAAGAAGUUGAAAACGUGGUGUUUUCACAUCCUUUAAACCAUCAACACCAGACACUCUGUGAGCUUUUACACGGCGGUGUUGACAAAGUUGAGCCAUACUUGGUCAAGACCAAGGGUUUCUUGGAUGAACACGUUCAUUCGCAUCCACUUUUCAUCAAGUUGGGCAUCCAUGAGAAAGCUGAGUGUGCUCAAGCCCAAUUCAAGGCCCACGUUUAUCCGUUCGUUGAGCAAUUGUACGAAUACACUGAGUCGUUUGAAGCCAAUACCUAUGAUCAGUUGAAUGAAUAUUAUCAAAAAGCCCAACAGUUUGUAUCUGGUAAAUUGAAGCAAGAUUGA